UAUACAGUGAUUUAUCAUGUGUUGCUAUUUUUAUGUGGGCUUCCUUGUCUCCUAACUUUACUGAUCUAUAAAUGGCGAAGACGACAUUUAUCCAUGUACGAAGACAUUGAAAAAUUCUUGCAAAGUCAUGAUAAUGAUCUCAUGCCGAUAAGGUACACCUACUCAGAGAUUAAGAAGAUAACCAACGGAUUUAAAGACAAGUUGGGUGAAGGGGGCUUUGGCUCAAUGUAUAAGGGAAAGCUUCGUAGUGGUCGUUUUGCAGCAGUUAAAUUAUUGGGCAAGUCAAAAGCCAAUGGACAAGAUUUUAUCAACGAAGUUGCCACUAUUGGAAGAAUUCACCAUGUAAAUGUCGUACAACUUAUAGGCUUCACUGUUGAGGGAUUGAAGCGUGCUCUUAUAUAUGAGUUCAUGCCUAAUGGGUCUCUUGAAAAGCAUAUUUUUUCUAGGCAAGGUAGCGUCCCACUAAGCAAUGAGAAAAUAUAUGAGAUUUCUCUUGGGGUGGCUCGUGGCAUUGAAUAUCUACAUCAAGGUUGUGAUAUCCAAAUCUUGCAUUUUGAUAUCAAGCCUCAUAACAUUCUUCUUAAUGAUACGUUUGUUCCGAAGAUCUCAGAUUUUGGACUAGCCAAAUUGUACCCAACAAAUAAGAACACCGUGCCCCUCAAAUAA